UUAACAUGGUGGCAUGAUCUGACAUUUCGUAAUUAUUUAUUACAACUUGUUUACGGGUAGGUGUUAGUGUGAACACUUCGCAGAAUCGGCUGAAUUAUGUCAUAACGUACACCGGACGAUUCGGUUGUACUGUUAACACCCUGCAUGGCAUUUAUCCAAACUGAAGUUUCAAUAGGAACCAACAAAAUUCUUCCAUUAAGGUUAAGUCCAUAUGUAAACGAAAUUCGAUCGUCAUUGUGAGUUUCGAGAACUAGUUUACUGUGGAAAUAUUUUGGAUGAUGAUUCAACACUAAAGUCUUGUGGCCUGAAGCCUGGUGUAAUGGUUCAUGUAUUGAAGAAGAAAGAGAAGGACAUUCGUUUGCCUGUUGGAUCAAUGACAGAAGCUGAUGUUCAAGAGCUGGUGAUGGCAUUCCGCACCUUCACACGGCACCCUAGUUACCGAAGUGCCUUGCAUCGUCUGAGCCGACCAGAGGUUUUGGAGAAUAUUAUGAUGGCUACACCUGGGCUUAGUGAAGAUCCAGUUGCAAUCUCAAUUAUUCAGGAUCCAGAUUUGCUUGUUCAUAUGGAAAAUGCAGACACUGUCAGGCGGAUUGCUGAACUUCAUCCAGCCCUAGCUGAAGCAGCCAAUCAUAUAGCAGCUGCUGUUCAUGAAGAAGCUGCAACUGGAAAUGUUAGCAAUCAGGGAUCAUCUUCGGGAUAUUCAUAUUCCCUGGAUGCCCUUAGUGAUGAAGAAGAAAUGGAUUCCUCCCAGUCCUCUGACUCUCAGCCUCAAGGAAGUGAUGGUCUCUCACAGCAGCAGUCCUGCUCAACCAUCACAGCAGCUCAGCUUGCUGCAGCUUUGGCUUCUGCUAGUGGAUUGUUUCCUGUUUCAACUCGUGCCUCUGGCUCUGGUACAUCCUUAGCAGCUGGUCCCUCAUCUGGUGGGAGCCUCAUCACAACAGAGAUGUUCAGCCAAGCAAUGCAGCAAGCCAUUGCCAAUGUGGGACCAAAUACAGGAGGAUCUCAUACAUCAGGGGAUGCUGCAGUGACAGCAACAGUGCCAUCAGUUGGUGGGGCAGAGACAGGUCCUGGAAUACAAGCACAGACAGACAUGUUGUCACGUCAGUUACAGCAAAUGCAUGAAUUGGGUCUCACAGAUGACACCCUAAAUGUUCAAGCACUGCAGGCAACAGGUGGUGAUGUUUAUGCAGCCAUUGACAUAGUUUUUAGUGGUGCCCUUCCUCCACAUUCACCGUAAGUUCUUUUGAAAACAGUGCUCAUACAAUGAAAAUUGUGAUGAAGGUUCAUAUCUUCCAUGUCAUAAUACAUAAAUAUGAAAUUGACAUAAACAAAUUUAUGUUAUAGUAAAUGAAUAUGUGUUGGCAUAUUUGUAAGCAUGCAUGUCUAGAAUUGUAUAAAAGGAACUAUUUAAAACAAACCCAGAUUAAGAAAAAACCUGUUUUAUUGUAACACUUUUUUCAGUAGAAAUAAAUAUAAAAUUAUGGGUAAUAAAUGGAAGCUUAUUAACAUCAGUACAUAUUAAAAAUGAAGUUAAUGGAAAAAAAGUUGAAAACGUUUGAAUGUUUGUGGGUUUCCAUUCAUAUAUUCUGUUUUGUGCUUCCUGGAAUUUGUUAUAAAAGGAAAGUUCCAGUCACAAAUGGGAAAGAAUGAAGCCCACCGAGGAUAUAUGAAUGUACUACUGGAAAGAGCAAGCAAGCAUGGGUAGGAAUGGGGA